UUGGGUUUUUUAGGAAUGCUUUCUAGGAAUACAAAAGCAUUCCUUGCAAAAUGUAAAAUGGGAGUUAGUCAGUUACACAACAUACGGGAUCCGCCAAAUUACCACAUGGCCGUACUUUGCUGGUCAUUUACGCGCUGCACGGGAGUUCUAACACCACAAAACCAACCGGAAGUUUGAUGUUUUUCUCAUAAAUUUAGAUGUGAAUCGAAACAAGCCACUCCAGAAUCAGUUUCAGACCUAGAGCGUCUGUACAUAUGUUGCGCGAAGACGCCCCACCGCGCCAAAAGAGUUGGGUGGGACCCACAUACAGAGUAACCAUAAUUAUGCUGGUCAUCGGACAGAUUCAAGUCUCGGUGGCCAUGGAGAUCUCGCCCCUCAAGGAAUUUUUUGGGGAACGAUACUACCUCAGUCUUGUGCAGUUUGUCAUCAGCUUCCUGUCCAUCCAGCUCUACGGAUUCUUUUACCACAUCAUCGCUAAGAAGCCUAUGUGGGUACGGGUAUUGGCGGGCCUCUGGACGUACGAGGUGAACACCUUGUCGAUCAUGAAGCCCGCCAAAAGAGCCCCUUACAUAAGCCUCAUCCUGUCCAUCUUCCUAACCUUCCUCAUGAUGAUCAUCAGUGUGAUAUACGGAAAUAAGGCGGUCAAACACCAUAAGGGCCUUUUCACUUCCCGGCACAAAGUGAUCCUGUGGAGCGAGCGGAUAUUUGUCCUCACCUGCUUUGGCAUCAUCGUGUGUGCCGAGAUGAAGCGUGUUAUCAUAGAGUUUCCUACCCUGCUAGUAUACACUAUUCUCUCGAGCUUGUUCGUCAUAGUCUUUGCCGCUUCCAUGCGAAGGCCGAACUUCUACCGCCAGGAGUCGGAAGCAGAUUACAUUCUGAUCGGCCAGCUGUACUACCUUAACUGCUUUGCUCUGUACAUGGGCUAUGUGUGGACGACUGCCUCGUUUAUAGAACUGAUGGAAUGGAACGCGGACAUUCAUGAAAUAUUCGUGUACCUGUUCUAUCGGAAGGACAUCGAAUGAGUGGGACGCAUGCGUGGACUAUCGGAACAGCUGGGACAGAAUGUUUACGCGAUACGAGGCUGUUUCUGUGGCAAUUGGUCAGUAGCUCGAUGUCGAUGGGGCAAGUUUGUCUGGGUGGCGCGACUGCUGUCGUCGUGAUUCGAUUCGGUUUGCCGGAAAAUCGAUAGCUGUUUUCUUGGCACGCGCAUCUUAAGCAAAAAAGCUGAAUGUAAAUAAAUAACACUGUCCGCGAAA